CACCCACCCCCCAUCCGUCCCAAUCGGUCGUGCGGACACCCAGUAGCAACACCAGCCAACCCCCCGCUUGCUUGUUUCACAACGCCGGCAGGCUCGUGGUCAAUUCGUCGCGAUAUAUCAGAAAAAAAAAAGUGAGCGGCAGUCAGAGAAAGACUCGGAAAGGCCUACACCUCAAUCAAUUUCCCCCCUCAAUCGAUUCCCUCCCUCAACCGAUUUCCUCCCUCAGUCGUCCCCCCCUUCCAAUUCCCAUGCCCACUCCCACCCUUUUGCGCUCUUGGCUUCCCGCCUGCCAUCACUGCUGCCCUUCCCGACGGGCUGUCCCCUCUUGGACUCGGCGUUUGUCAUCAUCCGAAAUCCCUACAGCAGGACUGUCCGCGUCACGUACCAACGAUGGAGCGUCGGCACCAGCUGUUGGCCGCAACCCAGAUGACGAUGAUGGUCGUAGUGCACCCGGCCGCGCCCGUGAGGCCACCGUUCCAAUCGGUAGUUCCUUUUUGGCCGGAGAAUCCACGAAUACAGAGCCACGUUCCGACAGCUCAGGAACCGACAUCGUUCGCAUCGUCAGGGACCCAAGUGGUUGGGCUCAGCGAGCAGUACGGCAUACGCGGAGCGGGACGGCUGAUCGGGCCUCGGGCAUGGGCGGCCGCACCUUGAACAGCAUGCUUCCAUCGAGACCAUCAGACCAAGGAUGGAGGACUACUUCGGCAACUGGCCAUACCCAAAAAGGCGAUGCUACUGGCAAGAGUGCCACCACCACCUCCACCGCCACCACCGUCGACCUGGACUUCCAACCAUCCUCGACGGUUCAACUGAAAGGGAUUGGGACGACGCUUCUGGGAGCCGACAUACGUCGUCUGAUCCCACGAAAGCACCACCUUCCUGAUUUCAAGGACGACCACGACAUCGUGCGAGUGAUUCCCUUCCGUGAUUUCAGAUCGCUCGAUCGGCGUCCUAUCUAUCACAUCACAUUUACCACCCCGACGGCGGCCGGCACUUUUACGUCUAAGAUGCUGUCCUUCUCGGACCCCAAAGUGCCCGGGCGGCCCGUCGUCAGAUUUCCGCCAGGAUCGAGCCCAGAGUUCACGCAUGCUGACCGCCGCAGCAAGAGCAUCAAGGAACAGGAGGUGAUCCUGCAGGGUGUCCUCACUGCCGGUGGGGGUGCACCUGGCCGAUGCGUCCUGCUCACGAUCUGUGGACUCGGCGGCCGGAUCAGAUCGACAGGACUCUUGCCCAGGACGGACGAGGUCAGGGCGAUAUUGGAGGAGAAACAGGUGCAGCUCUGUCCCGGGGACACGGAAAGCGGUAGCGCGGGAGUGCAGAGGGUCGUGUUGGAGAAACGUGGCAACAACGUCUCGACUAGGGUUUUGAAGGCGGACGGGAGGGGACUCGGUGCGGAGGGCAGAUGGCUGAUUCGCUGUCGGAGCGAGAGCGAAGCUCAGAGGGUUGUCAGGGAGCUUCACAUGAGGCCUCCUUGGGAUGGGGGCGGAACGUUCCGUGCCGAGGUGAUUUAUUGAGCAACAUAUCAAUGUCGAGAUACCUGAUCAUGAACAAUCACUC